AUGGCGCGGGCCUUCACUCUCUGCACCAUGGCCUUUACAAGCCUGUCAGACUCUUCUGACCUGCUCGAAGUGACGGCCACAGAGGAGGCGAGCUUUCAGUGUAUGAACCCCUUGUUCCGCAUCCAGUGGCACACCGGCGCCACGGACCUGGCUCAGCUCCUGCCAAGACCCUCUGUGCAUCACGACCUUCUCAGGUGCCCUUUGUGGAACCAGAAACCUUCCUGCUGCAGUACAAGUCUUGAGCCCUUUCAGCUCCGAAUCUUCGACGCACACAGAGAUCGGAUGGAGAAGCAGGUUCAAGUUCUGGAAGAGUACCUCUCCCUGAUGGUCAAACUGCGAGGCUCGGAGGUCUUUGAAGAUGCAGUUCUGCUCGAGCAGGAUUUUUUGGACAGGGCAGUCGAUGCAAUGCGCACUGCACUUUCGCACGCUAAGCCCUGCAUCCUGCACUUCUUGGCUUUCGUAGCAGGCAUGGUCUGCUUUAGUUGCCAACCUGAUUGGGUGGAUUAUGUGUGGCGUAACCCACUCGGUCAGGUCACGGGAGUAAAUGUUGACCCCAAUGCUUGCAUAUAUGUGGAUCGUGGAUGUGGGGCCUUCGGACACACGGUGCAAGUUGCGUACCUGCAUGUAAUGGAGACCCGCUUGGCGAAAUAUCCCGCAGCUUCGCUGCCAGACUUUUCCAUGUUCUUCAGCCGUGAAGCACUGUGCGAAUGGCUUCGUGGUACCGUGGCUGUACAUCCAUUGGCAUUUCAGCCCAGCGAAGUAUUGACGAGGCGCUUGAGUCGCGAAGUUCCUGCGAAUCGUCGAAUGCCGCAGCGACAUCUGGAUGCGCCCCUCGGAACCAGCUCUAGCACGCCCUUGCCUGAAGCUGUGGUUCAGGCAACAGCAAUACCGACUUCUUUGCCACUUCCUCAAGCACCCACUGGCCCAUCUUCACCAGCACUGGCCUUUGAUCCUGCGAAGGAUGGCCUAGCAUCAGAUUUCCGCAUGCAAUUCGCUCCCGGAUAG